UGUAAAGAUGGGAACUACAAAGCCAAAACUCCUCUGUGCUUACAUUUUACUUCUUUUACACCUAAUCAACACUCAAGAUGUUGGUACAGCACAAGCAGAAGAAUGUAUGGAAUUACAACCAGAAAAAGAUGUACAACAGAAUCAAGAAGCGACACAGGAUGGACAACAGAAACCAAAAGCAACAGAGGAUGGACAACAGAAACCAGAAGCAACAGAGGAUGGACAACAGAAACAAGAAGCGACAGAGGAUGGACAACAGAAACAAGAAGCGACAGAGGAUGGACAACAGAAACAAGAAGCAAUAGAGGAUGGACAACAGAAACAAGAAGUGACAGAGGAUGGACAACAGAAACCAGAAGCGACAGAGGAUGGACAACAGAAACAAGAAGCGACAGAGGAUGGACAACAGAAACCAGAAGAGACAGAGGAUGGACAACAGAAACCAGAAGCGACAGAGGAUGGACAACAGAAACAAGAAGCGACAGAGGAUGGACAACAGAAACCAGAAGCGACAGAUGAUGGAGAAAAGAAACCAGAAGUGACAGAGGAUGGACAACAGAAACAAGAAGCGACAGAGGAUGUACAACAGAAACAAGAAGCGACAGAGGAUGGACAACAGAAACAAGAAGCGACAGAGGAUGGACAAAAGCAACAAGAAGCGACAGAGGAUGGACAACAGAAACCAGAAGCGACAGAGGAUGGACAACAGAAACAAGAAGCGACAGAGGAUGGACAACAGAAACCAGAAGCGACAGAUGAUGGACAACAGAAACAAGAAGCGACAGAGGAUGGACAACAGAAACCAGAAGCGACAGAGGAUGGCCAACAGAAACAAGAAGGGACAGAGGAUGUACAACAGAAACAAGAAGCAACAGAGGAUGUACAACAAAAACAAGAAGCAACAGAGGAUGGACAACAGAAACCAGAAGUGACAGAGGAUGGACAACAGAAACAAGAAGCGACAGAGGAUGGACAACAGAAACAAGAAGCGACAGAGGAUGGACAACAGAAACAAGAAGCGACAGAGGAUGGACAACAGAAACCAGAAGAGACAGAGGAUGGACAACAGAAAGAAGAAGCGACAGAGGAUGGACAACAGAAACCAGAAGCGACAGAGGAUGUACAACAGAAAUCAGAAGCGACAGAGGAUGGACAACAGAAACCAGAAGUGACAGAGGAUGGACAACAGAAACAAGAAGCGACAGAGGAUGGACAACAGAAACAAGAAGCGACAGAGGAUGGACAACAGAAACCAGAAGCGACAGAGGAUGGACAACAGAAACAAGAAGCGACAGAGGAUGGACAACAGAAACCAGAAGAGACAGAGGAUGGACAACAGAAACAAGAAGCGACAGAGGAUGGACAACAGAAACAAGAAGCGACAGAGGAUGGACAACAGAAACCAGAAGCGACAGAGGAUGGACAAAAGCAACAAGAAGCGACAGAGGAUGGACAACAGAAACCAGAAGCGACAGAGGAUGGACAAAAGCAACAAGAAGCGACAGAGGAUGGACAACAGAAACCAGAAGCGACAGAGGAUGGACAACAGAAACAAGAAGCGACAGAGGAUGGACAACAGAAACAAGAAGCGACAGAGGAUGGACAACAGAAACCAGAAGCGACAGAGGAUGGACAACAGAAACAAGAAGCAACAGAGGAUGGACAACAGAAACAAGAAGCGACAGAGGAUGGACAACAGAAACAAGAAGCGACAGAGGAUGGACAACAGAAACAAGAAGCGACAGAGGAUGGACAACAGAAACAAGAAGCAACAGAGGAUGGACAACAGAAACAAGAAGUGAUAGAGGAUAACCAACAAUCAGCACCAGCAGAUGAUGGACAACAGAAACAAGAAGCGACAGAGGAUGUACAACAGAAACAAGUAUCAACAGAGGAUGGACAACAGAAACAAGAAGAGACAGAGGAUGGACAACAGAAACCAGAAAGGACAGAAGAUGGACAAAAGAAACCAGAAGCGACAAAAGAUGGAAAACAGAAACAAGAAGCUACAGAGGGUAACCAACAAUCAGCACCAACAAAUGAUAAACAAAAACAGUCAACAUCAACAGAAGGUCUUCAGUGCAAAGACGCUUAAAUAACACUUGGAUACAGACAUAUUUUCAGCAUAUUACUUAUCUUUAAUACAGUUUAUUGUAUAGGAUUGUAUUUGUUUUGUGUUAGUGCUAGAACACUAAUAAAAUAGUUUCCCACAUGUG